AUGGACGCAAUCAUCGAGUCCGGUCGUAAGAUCUGGGAGGGCGAAAUUGUAAGGAGUUUUGCAGCCAAGAAGGACAAGACGAAGCUGACAGCUCCUAGGNACUUUGAGGGUCAACGCCUGGUCGAGAUGUUCUGCACCGUAAUACUGACCACCGCCGGAUGGCCUAAUCGCACAUCACUCGACAGUCUGUAUCGCACAGAGCUGACCCCUACUCUAGNNGUCGUUGGCUUCAUGGUCGGCUUCGCAACUCAGAACAUACAAUACACUCUCUGGGUCCUACUUGCCGGAGCAGCUCUCACAUUCGUCGUAUGCGUACCGCCAUGGCCAUUCUACAACAAGGACCCUGUCAAGUGGCUGCCUGCAAAGAAGGCUGGCGGUGUCUCGGCCAUCGACAUCACAGUCGAUGGGAAGAAAGUGCAAUAA